AUGGCAUUUUCUAUCUUUUCAUGGACAGCGUGGAUUACAUGGGUCGUCUCAUUUAUUUUUAUCUCAGCUAUAGAUUGGGAUAGUGCGAUUGUUGCUACUCCAGAAGAAAUAAAUCUUGCUCAUCUUGGUCCAUUAUGGACCUACUUUGGUAAAAAAUCAGAAAAUAUUUCGAUUUUUCAUUCUCGUGAAUAUAUGCAGAAACGUGUGGGAAAGUUCAAGGAUAUUAAUUCAGAAAGAAUUUCCAACCACAAUUAUUCAUCUAUGACGGCUUGGCUCAAAGAAUAUGCUAUGAAAUAUCCAAACAUAACAUGGUUAUAUUCAAUUGGCGAAAGUGUGAGGAAUAAAACAUUAUGGGUAUUGGCUAUUUCAAGAACUCCGCGGACCCACAGGCUUGGUGUUCCAGAAAUCAAAUAUGUCGCAAAUAUGCAUGGGAAUGAAGUUGUAGGCCGCGAAGCAAUGCUUUAUCUUAUUGCGUUAUUGUGUGAUAAUUAUGGAAAGAACUGGUACUUGACGAAUUUGGUAAAUAAUUUGAGAAUCCAUAUAAUGCCUUCAAUAAAUCCAGAUGGAUAUGAACUCGGUAAUGAAGGUGACCGUUCUGGGUUUACUGGUCGUUCAAAUGAUCAUGGUAUUGAUCUUAAUCGGAAUUUUCCGGCACGUUUUCCCACACAUCGAGACAAAUCUGGAGGAAUUUUUCUCGAAAAGGAAACAAUAGCAGCAAUUAAGUGGUUCCGGCAAUAUCCAUUUGUCCUUUCUGCUAAUUUCCAUGGAGGUUCCUUAGUAGCUAAUUAUCCAUAUGAUGAUUCGACGACAGGGCAGGAUAACAUUUACUCGCCGACUGUAGAUGAUCGUCUUUUCGUAGCUUUAGCAUAUUCCUAUGCUCGAGCACAUUCUAAUAUGUGGAAAACCGGCCGAAGAUGUGGGUUGAAUAUUAACGGUGAUUUCUUUUUGAAUGGUAUCACAAAUGGUGCAUUCUGGUACCAUGUAGCUGGUGGGAUGCAAGAUUGGCAAUAUGUUAAUACAAACUGCUUGGAAAUUACCAUCGAAAUGGGUUGUUACAAAUUCCCUCAGAAGAACAUGUUGCCGCAACUGUGGGAUGAACACAAGUAUUCACUUCUUGCGUAUAUGGAGUAUGUGCAUCGAGGAAUAAGAGGGUUUGUGCUUGAUCAAAGGGGCCAUCCAGUCAAAAAUGCUGUAUUAUCAAUUAAUCAAGGGAAGAAUAUAACAACAACGGAUGAAGGCGAGUUCUGGCGGAUUCUCCUGCCUGGUAGAUACACGGUGUUGGUUAGUCACCGAAAGUACCUACCACAAAUUUUGAAUAUUACCGUUGAUGAAGGAUCUGCAAAACUUAUCAAUGUUACACUAGAACAAAAACUGUGCAGGGAAAACACAGUUGAUAGUAUUCGUGUGAGAGGAGAAGGGGCAGUACGUAUUGCGGUGUUUGGUGUCGAUUCAUUGGGGAAGUCUAUUGUUCAAGAAUUAGCAAAUGCUACCUGCUUACCGGAGGACUUGUUUGUUGAAAUACUUCAACAAUCUACUUUACAUUUGUUCCCAUCGAUGUCGGCAGAACGUGCUCUUUAUCUGAAGGAUCACGAAUUGGAUGUGCUGUUAUUGUUUGGACAAGGAAUACCAAAAUCAACUUUAUUUAGUGCUGGUAUCAAUACUCCCAGUCAGUUUGAUCAAAAAAAUUUUGAUGACAGCUUAAUGGUUGCACUGAAUAGUAAAACAAUUAGUUGCGUUAAUCAUAUGCUAGAUAAAGCGGUCUCAUCGAUGAUUGAUGCAUUAAAUGUGGUAAAAACAUUUCAACUAGGUAUUUCGUUGGGUUGUGACUUCAGUGACCCACAAUUAACACUUACUGCUGUUGCUACUAUUUUACAGAUUAUAGUAAAUGUUUUUAUUGGUAUGAAAGAUCCUGUAACAGAAUAUUCGACCACUGAUUUGGGAGCUAGUUUAUUAGCAAAGGCAACCGAAGCAAGUGGUGCUAAUCUACAGCGUAUAGAAGAAGAGAAUUGUGCUUCGAUGAUCAACAUUGGUUUGAUGAAAGCUAUGGUAUUUGGUGAUGGUCGCAUGCCGUAUAUUCUUGUAAUGGCCAUUGAACAGAAAACAUCAUCAGUGGUUUAUGACUUUGCAGCGGAUCUUUGUUUAGAAUUGUUGCAAUACCGGAUUGUUCGUGAAGUACUGAAUACAUCAACGCUAAUUCUAAUUCCCAGCAUACCAUACACACAAUUGUACUGUCAUGAUUACGUGUCAGUGAUGCAGUUUAAACCAUUCAUUGAACAAGUUUUGGAUAUUUAUCCUCUUAUCGAUUAUGCUAUAUUAUUGGGUACAGGUGGGAUGAAAGUGCGUUACAGUGAUGUUUCCAGAAUGGGAAGAACCAGAGAUUUGGCAUUAAAUUACAUUUCACAACAUACAGUAAUUAAACCAACUGGGAAUGAGAUGUGUAGCAGGAAUAAUUUUAUGCCAGUAUCGACUGUAAGUGAACUACAAUGGGAUAUGGAGCAUUGGCAAAAGGCACCAGAUAUUCUGCUUGUGGAAGUAGCCUGUUGUUUUGAAGAAGGCGGAAAUCUUUACGCAGAAAAUAAGGCUUCAUUAUUAUCGACUAUUUCUAAGAGAGUACAAGGUUUGUCGGGUACUAUCAAAGAAAUAGACGGUAAUCCAGUGAAAGCACCGGUGAAAUUAACUGUUGGCAAUCUCGUUUUUUAUACGAAACUCGAUGGCUGUUACUAUAUUUGGUUAUCUCCUGGAGUUCAUACCAUUGACGUACAUAAGGAGGGUUAUUAUCAGUAUACUUUUUCAGCUAAGAUUGUUUUAUCUAAGCAAGCUGUGCAUGACAUACUGUUAACAGAAUCCUCCUUCGCAUUUUCUUCGUUGUUCAAGAGGGAAAAUCUUUUUAUUUCGUUUACUGCAUUUUGCAUGUUGGCAUUUGUUUUUAUUGGUUUAUACCGAUUAAGCGUUGUACAUAAAAUAAAAUCGAUCAAACGAUGGGGAGAUGGUUUUGAGCGCCUUCCUUUGAAUGAUUUCGAUUCUAACGUAUCUGAUGAUGAUGUUGUUCUUGAUUCGACCAAGUAUCCCUUCAUGGGCCUUAUUAAACCAUUAUGA